AUGUAUGAAACUAUGCCUAUAGAUCAAGCGUCAGCCAAGAUUUCGACCAUAAAGGUACGUUUCAAACCAGAAUCAGGGCGGCUAAAAACGUUGCCUUGUGAGUAAAUAUCCUUUUUUUCAGAAACUCGGUUGCGUCCCAGAAGACAUUUUCACGUCUCAGGCUUUGAUCAUGGAGGAUACGUAUGGCUCUUAUUCCAUUGGAGUAGUGCUUUAUUUUUGACCGCUAUUUGGAGUGGGUUUUUCUGCUUUCGUAUUGGGUACUUUUUUUGUUGCUGAAGAAUCAAAGUACCUUUUUCCGCUAAAACUCUUGAACAGCAAAAAGUUAUUUCUUUCUUCUCAUUGUGCUGUCAGGUUUUUCCUUUCAUUUACCAGUUGAAAAAAACUUCAUUGAACUUUUAGAUCAUCUUACCAUUGGUUUUUUUAUAGCGUCUCCUUUUUGCAAUAUGCCGGUUUGCUAUAUUUUUGUCAAAGGAAACAGCUGGAAAAAUAUUUUUUUGUAAGAGAUCAAUGAAUUCCAACUUUGUAAACUCUCUUUUGAAGAUGUCGGCAUCUUUGGCACUUUCACUGUUGGUCUACACGGCUUAUUUUUCUACCAUCGUUCUUUUAUUGUCCAUCAAACACUACCGUUCAUUUCUGCUUUCAAAUUUUUCCCUUCGAAAAUCGGUUUUACUUUUGAUGAAUAAGCUCAAAAGUAACAGAAACCUCCAGCUAAAGUUCUUCAUCCAAUCUUCCUAUUUUUUUGUCUUAAAUUUCAUCUCAAUUUUGUUCCAUAUUCUUUCUAAAUUUCAUUUUGUGGAUUAAGAUUUAUGAAUUGUUUAAUGGAAAAAGUCUAAUGUUGUUUGAUAUGAAGAUUUUUAUUCAACUUCUACGCAAUAUAAUAAAGUGUGAAAUGGCAUUAUAAGUUCCAAGAAGUUGGAAAUUGAUGCAAUUAGUUAGCCCAAAAAAAUGUUUUGAUAAAUUAAUUUAAUAUUUGUUGAACGCUGUUUUAUGCCUAAAGAUCAAAACCCGACAAAAACUGCUUGCGCAUGGUGGCAUUCUAUACAGUACCGCUCAAAAAGUCUAUUAAGUUUUUGGUUUUUGGGGAUAUCUCAGCGAGUACUUAUCCGAUUUAUAUAUAACUUUCAGGGAUAAUGUAAAAUAUACUUUGAAACAUAUACGGUAUACAAAGACAUGUCCGCAAUGACUGUGACGCGUUUUAGGCAUUUUUUUAUUGAAUUCCAUGUUUUUUUAUGCUUUUUAUUUUUUUAUUUAUUUUUUUAUUAAAUUUUUUUAAAAUUAAUAAUGUUGCCAUAUGAUUUUUUUCAUGUUUUCAGACAUGGGAAGAACCUUUUGGAAAUAAGAAUUUGAUUGAUAACGACAAAAGAGCCAUCGUUGUGGGUCGUCAAAAUGGACUGACCAUGAUGACGUCGGUAGGGAUGUUCGGCGUGACAGAGGCGUGCAUUUCUCAGUUCCUAAAGCGUCAGAAAGCUCAAGAUGGCUCUACUAACAGCCAGCGCACUGGAAGACCACGUGUCACUGAUCGUAAUGACGAUAGGAACAUUUUGAAGACGUCUAGAACCAAUCCAAGACUCACCGCCCCUGCGAUCAGACGGGAAGUUUUUCUUGAAUUCGCCAUCUCCGCCAUCCGUCUCGACCGUGAAACGACGUCUGAAUGCUGCUGGAAUCAUGGGAAGACGUCCAGUGAAGAAACCGCUGAUUUCUGAAAAGAAUCGAGCCGCCAGGGUGAAGUGGGCGAAGGAGCAUCUCAACUGGACCCGUCAAGACUGGAACAAGAUUCUGUGGUCCGACGAAAGCAAGUUCCUCCUCUUCGGGAGUGACGGAAUUCAGUGGGUUCGUAGACCAAUUGGGUCCAGAUAUCAUCCGAAAUACCAAUUACCCACCGUGAAACAUGGUGGAGGUUCUUGCAUGGUGUGGGGCGCCUUCUCUGGAAGUGGCAUCGGACCGCUUCAUCGCGUGAACGGCAUCAUGGACAAGCACGUCUACAAAGACAUUCUCCAGAACCAGAUGUUGCCGCACUUGAGGCCAUGGGCCGUGGGAGUGUUUAUCAACAGGAUAACGAUCCCCAAGCACACUUCACUGUCUCGUCAAGGUGAGAAAAAUUGACAAAGUAAUUCGUAUGGUUUUGAAACUCAGGACUGGUUCAAGAGCCGUCGGGUCAAUGUCAUGGGGUGGCCAAGUCAAUCUCCGGACCUGAACCCGAUCGAACAUCUCUAGGAAGAGUUGGAGCGACGUUGUGCCAACAAAGAGCCAAGAAUUGCAACGAGAAGUUUGCUCAACUGCUGUCUGAAUGGAAUCAGAUCCCCAUGUCUACCAUCGACACUUUGCUCAAUUCUAUGCAGAGAAGAUGCCAGGCAGUGAUUGACGCCAGGGGCUUCGCAACCAAGUACUAG